GAGCGGAGGAAGAGGAGGAGGAGGAGGAGGAGGAAAGGCACAUAAAGAGCAUGAGGAGAGAUCCGGGUUGGAAAGAGAACAUAGACCCAGGAGAAGAUCACAGAACAACACAGAACCUGCACAAAGACUACAGACGGUCCCUACAGAACAGGCCAAGAACCGGAUAUGAGGUCCAGUCCAGCAGACCAGAAAUCAGAAUGGCUUUGAUCAGAAAGACCCGCAUCCAGGACCCGGUUCAGAUUAAAGACCAGUACUCUGCUGAUGCUUUGAUGCCUAUGAACCGGACCAACCCAGGAUCUGCUGAGACACAUCUGGACUCAAAAGAAACCAGAAGCAGCUCUAAGGUCAGGUCCAGGUUCUCUCAUCAGUUCUCAGAGACGAGAACCAGCAGGAGUUCUGACGGAGGAGCAGUGGGGCUGCAAGCGACUACAUCCAGGUGUCAGACUGGGACCAGAAGGAGGAAGGUCCACCAGGCGGCGUUCCGUGGCAGAGGUCAGCUGAGGCUGUCCAUCACUCCAGAGGCGGGACGACUCAUCGUUCAGAUCCACGAGGCCAGAGGCCUGAUGGGAAAAUCCUGCCAGUCAUGUGACUCCUACGUAAAGGUCAGCGUGACGUCUGACCUCCAUCACAGCAUGAGGAUGAAAACACGAAUUGUUCGGAACAAUAAAAACCCGGCAUACCAGCAGAACUUCUCUCUGUGUGUGUCGGAGCCCCUCCUCCUCGGCAGGCUGUGUGUCUCGGUGCUCAGACGACCUCCGAACUCCAGGUGCAGCCAGCUGAUUGGCUGUAUGAGUUUUCGGACUGGCUCCCUCAUCAAAUCUUCUCAGCCAAUCAGUGGCUGGUUCAACCUGCUGGGGAAAGAGUUCGGACGGAGCAAACACAUGAGAGUGACAUCACAGAGUAACCGACCAACAAACAGCUACCUGCAGGAGGUGAAGCCUAGAGCGGACCUCAGACGGACUCCGGACUCGGCUCCAGACACUGACCUGAUCCGCACCGGCACCGUGGCCGACACCAACCGGUCCGUCGGCACCACAGCCGCCUCAUGUGGACCCAAGGUGUCAACCCAACAGAGCGUGGCGUGCGGCCCGCUUCGCAGCCUGGACUCAGACGACGGCACCUACAGCAGCUGUGUGUCAUCGGUGCUACGCGGAUCGCAGCGGCAGGCGGUCAGUAUCAUUCGAGGGAAAGAUGGGUUUGGAUUUACAAUCUGCUCGGAUUGUCCUGUCAGAGUCCAGGCUGUAGAUCUGGGAGGUCCAGCUCAUCAGUCUGGACUUUGUCAGGGAGACUUGGUCCUUCAGCUCAACGGGCUUCCUGUAGAAACCUGGAAAUGUGCUGACCUCGCCCAGGCCAUCAGGAGCUGUACAUCUCAGAUCGUUCUGGUGGUCUGGAGAGGUUUACCUCAGCUCAGCUCGACGUGUGAAACUUUACUCCGCCCACAGGUUAACACUACGAUAACAACCAACAAGCUACUUUCCCAACCGGUCCACAGCAAAUACAACCACAGCUGGGGUCAGGGCCGAGGACGCCGGUCCGGUCUGGGGGUUCUGGGUUCUCUGUGGAGAGACAGGAGGGAGGACCAAGAGGAGAUGGAAGAUAAAGAGAUGUGUUCAUCUGUAAAGGGCACCAGAGUGACAUCAUCAAAUGGAGAAAAUUAUAUCAUCCUGUCACCUAUUAACCCUGGAGGACAGCUCCCGCAGCCGGUUUACUACAACAGAAAUGGGACCAUUGGUCGUCUUUACCAGACUCAUCCUAGCAGAGGUCAAAACCUCCUCCAUAACACUCCAACUGGGAUGUCUCAGGAAACCAUCGCCAGCCACUCCUCCACUCUGCCUGUGUCACAGCCCAGAACCACGGUACCGGGUCCACCUGGCAACCAUGGAAACUACCAGAACUGUACCAUUGUUCAGUCCCAUCUUCCACGGUCCAGAUAUGGAAACUGUGCCUCCCUUCCACCCAAAACUCUCAUUUUCCCCAUCUUUGUCCAGCCUCUGGACCUCUGCAGCCCGGACAGAAUCCUGCAGAUGUCUGAGGAAAUGAUCCUACACCAGGCUGACCUGCUUCCUUCCAAGGUGACCGUGCUGAUCUACAGCGACCUGCUUCUGAUCACCAGAGAGGAGGAAGCUGGACGCUGUAAUGUCCUGCAGAGCCCGCUGUACCUGAACACACUGCAGCUCAGAGAAGUUCCAUCAGAACCGCUUUACAUCUAUUUCCUGCAAAACUCUGGCAGCUGCUGGCGCUACCUCUUCAGUUUAGAGGCUUUCAGCAUCGAGCAGAAGGUCCGGGUCAGCCUCUGUCUCCAGGACAACAAACAGCCCCACCUGGUUACCAUGGAGACACAGCUCCCCUCUCAGUUCUCAGACCUCCCCUCAGAUUUCGGCCUCCUCGCUCUCAAUCAGUCUGACAUCCUUUGUCGUCCCCCCUCUCCUUACUCCUCUCUCUCUGACCCCCGCAGACCUCCCUCCCCCUCUCCUUACUCCCACAGAACCACACUCUCCUCAGUGGUUCCUCCACCUCCCUUCACCUCCAUCUUUCCAAUCAGCUCCUCUUCCCCUCCCCCGAGGAUGGUCCCCGCUCCACCUCAGUACAUUUCUCCUCCCCCGUCCUCCUCUUCUACUCUGAAGAGUCCAGUCUGGAAGCAGAGAGAUGACACAGAGGAGGAGAAGGUGAAGAGGAGACAGGAGGAGGAGCGGCAGCAAGGGGAGGGGGAGAGUUCCUCUGAGACAUCAGAGAGCGUGGGGGGGUUGGUUCCCCGAGGCCUCCUGCUCAGCCCCCACCCUUUUAACAUGAACGAUGAAGAGGAGGAGGAGAGUACAGAGGAGGAAGAUGAAGAGGAGUUCAGCCGCAGACCUGCAGCUCUGCGGCGCUCGCUCUCAGAAGGUUCCCUGUUAAAGGAACCUCGAUCGCCGCGCUUCCUGUCUGACAGUACCAUCCAUCGCCUUACACGUACGUCGACCUUUGACCUAAGCCUCGCCUUAGGCCCUCCGCCUUGCCCCCCCUCCCCUGAGACUCUGAGGGAACAACUGACCAAGGAGGGGAUGUCUCUGCACCACAUGUUGCUGCUGCUCAACGGCUCCAAGCGUGGAAAAUCCAGGAGCUUUAAGGUGAAGAAGAAAAAAGCCAAGAGUUUAGCUGCAGACCUUCAGAGUCGCUUGGCGUUUCUACGGAAAAGGAAAAGUUCAUCUGGUAUUCAUGGCAACAGUUUAGAGAAAGCACUGAGAAACAACAGACCGUCUGUGUGGGAGGUUCAGAGGUGGGCAGAGAGUCUGGACGCUCUGCUGUCCAAUCAGUAUGGUGUGGCGGUGUUCCGUCACUUUCUGAGGUCGGAGUUCAGCGAGGAGAACCUGGACUUCUGGUUGGCAGCUGAGAAAUUCAAGAGGAUACGGCCCUUUAGCAAGAUGGCCGCCCAAGCUAAGAAGAUCUACAACGAGUUUAUGGCUACGUCUGCAGCGCGACAGGUCAAUGUGGACUCAUUUGUCAGGGACUCAACCAAUCAUAGCCUGAACUUCGAUGUUAACCCCACCUCCUUCCAGCUGGCCCAGGAUCAGAUCUUCAGCCUGAUGGAGGCCGACAGUUACCCACGAUUCCUCAAGUCCCGCCUCUAUGCCCAACUGGCCAAUCACAAGACAGCCACAGCCUUGGAGGUGUCCAAUCAGAGUAGAUCUGGCAGCUAGUUGUGUUGGGGGGGUCAAACAGUGGCUGGUUCAGUCGGACUGAUCAGAGUCUGUGAUUGGCUGGUCAUCACCGUUCAGAAAACUGAUCAAAGGGACAUUUAGCCAGCUGCAUCAUGGGAACUGAGGGUUUGAAGAAGAAUAAAUAAACAACUCUUCAUUUGAAUGUCCAGUUAAAAAUCAGAUGUUUGGAGUUUAAUGAGUAACUUGCUAUGAUUUACAGAAGUGUAACCAUGAAGAGUGGAUCCCCAAACAUCAAACUGCUGGUUAUUGUCGGCUUUAAGACCUAAUCUAUUAACAUUACUGAGUCUGGCCUCAUGUGUCCAACCCUUUGUUGUAGUCUGGUACUAAACUCAGUAACAGGACCCAGUUUGUUUAAAGGACCUGAAGAAGAACCAGAAGCUUUGAGGCUGUGACCGUGAGACAAAUGGUUUUAGAAAGUCUCAUAGAAAGUUAUUUUUUUUUCUCAGUUAUCCGGCAGACAGCUUUAAAUCAGAGGCAGCAGGACUUUCUCUCAGUUCUUCUGAAGACGUUUCCACACCUGUCCAGGAGUCUUUAUCGGUUAUGGAGGCUCUGAGCAACCUGCAGGUGGAGCGCUGCUGUUUCUAAGCUCAUGGAGGUUCGUCCUCCUAGAACCAGUUCGGGUCAGAACCAGUGACCCACCGUCGCUGUCCUGGGUCGGUAGAGGCUGUUGUUUUAUAACAAACUAACUGAAAUGGAUCAUGUGUUAACUUACGUUCACCUGUCCAAUCAACUGGUGCCGCUGAUUUCUAAUAAAACUAACUGUUGGAUCCAUUAAGUCUCCUGAGAUGAAUCUGUGGCGAACUGACAGACACACCAACAUCAGGUUUAACUCAUGCAGGCUUUCUCCUGAGAUGGUUCAUCAGUUCCUGGAGUUCUUAGAGAUCCUUCAUCAUCCUGCGGCGUUGGUGGAUCCAAGCUGAGACCAGAGAGGAAAACCGGGCUAAGGUCCAGAACCCUGGAAUAUGGUGGAAUUGGGUAAUUUGGUUUUCCAAAAGUAUUUUUUAACCCAAGCUGUACUUCCAUCAAUAUGUUUUUAUGCUCACUUUGAAAUAACACAUUAGAAAAGGCUGAACGAAACGGCAAACUUUAAAAUCAGUUCCUACAUUUUGCAAA